UGCGGUUGCGGCUGCUUCCCACCUGCACAUGCAGUGUAGAGAAUCUUGUUCACCUUCACCAACCCUUUAUCCAAAAGUUAAUGGUAAUACAAAUAAUAACAUGAUACGCAUAUCUGGGGUGAUUGUUUGUGCGCCAAAAGCAGAAAAAUCCCUCGAAUGUUACCCUUUUGGUUACAUAGAUAUCACUUCUCAUCCAAAGCUCUUAAGACUCUAAGAGCCACUCGGCACCAAUUCCUUGCUUUGACGUUUCAGUUGACUUUCACUUUGUUUUGACGAUAAUUGUUGUGCACGCUGGAAAAUUAUUUGUUAGGGAUAAGGGGAACAGUUUCUUUUUCGUAGGAUUGACGAAAACAGGGAUUUUAUGAAGGUUUUGCGGGAGAUAAAAUGCUCCGGCAUUACAAAAUUUUGCCUGUUUUUGUGAAUAGUUAUGUAUGCCACAGCCAGUGCACUUUACAUUGACGAAAUGGGUUAUGCUAUGAGUAGACUGGAGGUAGAAUCCAGUCUCUGUGAAGAUGGAGAUGCCAUCCAUUCUAGUAGUGGACAAACUAAAAGGCUAGUAAAAAAUUUAGACAAUGAAAUUGCUCAGAUAACGAAGUUGAAGUCAACUCCCCAUCAGCAAUUAGUCCAAGUUGGAACUGGAAGGCCAGAGUUGCCUGUUUCUCCUGUGAAGAUGCUGGUGGGUCGGGAAUCUAAUUACUCAGGACGGGGAAGGUUUUCUUCAGCCGAUCGAUGUCAUCUUUUGAGCAGAUAUUUGCCUGUAAAUGGUCCCUGGCUUAUUGAUCAAAUGUCUAGUCGGGCAUAUAUCUCCCAGUUUUCAGCUGAUGGUACUCUUUUUGUUGCUGGGUUCCAGGGAAGUCACAUAAGAAUAUACAAUGUGGACAAAGGUUGGAAAGUUCAGAAGAACAUUCUAGCUAAAAGUUUGAGAUGGACAAUCACUGAUACAUCUCUUUCGCCUGAUCAACGCCAUCUGGUUUAUGCCAGUAUGUCACCCAUUGUACACAUUGUAAAUGCCGGAUCUGCUGAAACAGAGUCCCUAGCAAAUGUUACGGAGAUACACGAUGGCUUAGAUUUUUCAUCAAAUGAUGAUGGGGGAUACUCUUUUGGAAUUUUCUCUGUGAAAUUCUCAAAAGAUGGGAGAGAAUUAGUUGCAGGAAGUAGUGGUGAUUCUAUAUAUGUAUAUGAUCUCGAAGCAAAUAAGCUCUCACUUCGAAUUUUAGCUCACACGUCUGAUGUGAACACUGUAUGUUUUGCUGAUGAAACUAGCCAUCUUAUUUACUCUGGGAGUGAUGAUAGCUUCUGCAAGGUCUGGGAUCGGCGUUGCUUAAUUGCUAAAGGCAAGCCAGCCGGGGUUUUAAUGGGACACCUUGAGGGCAUUACAUUUAUUGAUACCCGUGGAGAUGGACGUUAUUUCAUUUCAAAUGGUAAAGAUCAAACCAUCAAACUUUGGGACAUACGCAAAAUGUCUUCCAAUGUUACCUGCAAUCCUGGGUAUAGGAGUUAUGAAUGGGAUUACAGGUGGAUGGAUUACCCACCCCAAGCAAAAGACUUGACUCACCCAUGUGAUCAGUCAGUGGCUACUUACAGAGGCCAUUCAGUCUUACGCACUCUAAUCCGCUGCUAUUUCUCCCCAGCUUUUAGCACUGGCCAGAAGUACAUCUAUACUGGAUCACACAACGCAUGUGUUUAUAUAUAUGAUUUGGUGAGUGGGGCUCAAGUUGCGACGCUGAAGCACCAUAAAUCACCUGUACGAGAUUGUAGUUGGCACCCCUUCCACACUAUGCUUGUUAGCUCUUCUUGGGAUGGAGAUGUUGUGAAAUGGGAAUUUGCUGGGAAUAUGCCAGCCUCCUCGACAAAGAAGAGGGUAUGGACAAGACAUUUUUAUGAAGAUUAUCUAUGAUGUCAGUCAAAUCAGUUAUGAAAUGAUCUGGGAGAUCCACACCCUGUUAAUAAUGUUGUAUAGGAUGUUUUGACAUAAUAAGGCACGACAUGAACUGCCACAAAAUCUAGGUACAUAAAUAACAAUGUAAAUUGAGAUUGUGAUCGAUUCAUUAGUACGCAGUGCCUGUAAUCAAUUAUUUAUAUUGUACCCAUGCGUCAUUAAUUGGUGCGGUCUUCUUGUGGUGAACCUAGACUGCUGCAUGGUGCUUUUUGCUGAAGCAUUUACACGUACACGGUACCCCUAAUUAUUGUGGAGCACCUUUUGUAAAGAUCAUGAAUAAAGCUAACAAUGCUUCUGGUUUCUUCAAAGUUAGGCCGUUCCCUCCUUCAGAUAGCUGUAAAGCAUAGAAAAAACAGUGGUAGCAUAUAUUUGCCAAAUCGCCACUGCCAAGAUGCCUAUAUUACAAUAGUUGUGCCGUUGUGGCUGUCAUGAGAAUCUUUAUUUAUGGGCUCAUACUUUGUUGUCUUGUCUUGGUUGUUUAUCGUAUUAUAUCUUUGUCACGA